AUGAACACCCGGCCCAUUCUAGACUCGGAUGCCGGACCCUUUGUGCUCUCGGCAUCCUUCAACGCCGACUGUUCGCACUUCUCGGUAGCCAUGGAGAACGGAUUUCGCGUAUUCUCGUCUUCAACAUGCGAAGAGAAGAUUUCCAGAGAAGUCGGCGGCGGCAUCGGCUGCGCAGAGAUGCUCGGCAACAAGAGUUACAUCGCCCUGGUCGGAGGAGGGAAGCAGCCCAAGUACCCCCAGAACAAGGUACCUCCUGAGGAACCCGACUGGAGCGUCAACGACACUGACAUCAUCUACGAGGUCCAAAUCUGGAACGACAAAACCGAGCGCUUCACCACGUCGACCGAGUUCAAGACGCCCGUCCAGCGCGUGCGCCUGUCGCAGUCACACAUGAUCGUGGCGCUGCUCAACUCGAUAUGCAUAUACAAGAUGAAGGUGCCGCCAGUCAAGUCGGCGGAGUACGAAACAGUCAAUAACCCGUUUGGGCUGUGUGAGCUGGGCACGAGUAUUGUCGCAUUCCCGGGAAGGGUGGCGGGUCAGGUCAAGAUAUAUGAUCUCAACACGGGCAAUGUGAGUAUCAUACCCGCUCACGAAAACCCGCUGCGCGCAAUCGGCAUAAGCAGGAACGGCGACCUCAUCGCAACAGCCAGCGAGAAGGGCACUGUCAUCCGGCUAUGGUCCUUCCCCUCCUGCACGAAACUAGCAGAGCUCCGCCGUGGCGUCGACCCCGCUGCCGUCUUCUCUCUCGCCUUCUCCCCCGACGGCUCGACCCUCGCCGUGACAUCCGAUAAAUCCAGCCUCCACAUCUACGACCUCGUAACCGCAACAAGUGCCUCACAAGCCGAUCCGUCACAGCACAAGUAUGGUAUCUUGUCCAAGAUCCCUGGUCUGCCCCGCGCGUUCUCUGAUAUAUAUCCUACGGCUACGGCCAAGUUCGAGAUGGGCGACGAACCUACCACUUGGGGUCCACACGGUAGGUCCGCUACUCUGAGUGCAGGUAUUCCGGGUGUGCCGGGUGGUCGGCCGACCAAGGGCCUCAUCGGAUGGCUCGACGACGAGACUAUCCUUGUGCUCGGCGCUGGGUAUGAUGCGCGAUGGGAGCGGUUCCGCACGGGCCGGGAUGAUAGUGGGAAGAAGUGUCUUUAUCCUGAUGGAUGGAGGCGCUAUAUUAUUUAG